CAUGAGAUGGCUACUGAAACAUAUUUGUGUAACUGAUUACCUUAUAGUUUGUUUUCCUGGUCAAACAGCUGAUUUGCCGUCCUGUUGUGCCUGUUAACACAAACCGAACAGCAGCAGAUUUGUGCGGAUGGAUUAAGCCGUUGCGAUUUGCCCACUGUCCUACCUUACUCCUUCAGAAACAGCCUAAGACAUACUGUCCCACACAAUGCACCAAGGCAAUAUCGGCCAAGUAAAUGUACACGAAAAGUAAGGCGACUGACUGCUGGGCACAGCGGAUGAAGAUUACUGAGGGUUGAGUGGCGUUGCGUUUGGAGCGGAACGCACUGGUCUCAGUGCGGACACUGAACGCCUCGGAUGUGCGUCCUCACGGGGGCACUCACAUCGACUUCACCUGUAACGCUUCUGCUUACCUCAGGACUGCUGGAUACGGCUAAAGGAUUAAAACUACUCCGGAGAGAGUCGUUCUCCGUCGGACGAGGAGCCCGUCGCUCCGCGGAGCACGGGGCAACAGCAGCGAUCAUGUCGGACAACUCCACGGAUUUAAGCAGGGACGCGCCGCCGGAGGCUGCGGUCACACACCACAAUUUCCCAGCGCUCAUAUUUGGGAUUUUGCUCAUUGUGAUUAUCACCGGGGGUAACGUGCUUGUGUGCCUUAGCGUUUAUUUAGAGAAAGCUUUAAAAACGACAACAAACUACUUCAUAGUCAGUUUGGCGUUUGCAGAUUUGAUGCUGGCGGUGCUGGUUCUGCCACUAUUCGUUUAUGCUGAGUUUCAGGGUGGAGUUUGGUCCUUGAACAUGCUGAUGUGUGAUGGCCUGAUGACCAUGGAUGUGAUGCUGUGCACCGCAUCCAUAUUCAACCUCUGUGCCAUCAGUGUGGACAGGUUCAUUGCGGUGUCUAUACCCCUAAAUUACAACCGUAAGCAUGUAGACCAUCGGCAGCUCAUCUUGCUGUCUGCUACCUGGCUGCUGGCCUUAGCCGUGGCCUCUCCUGUCAUCUUUGGCAUCAACAACGUGCCUAACCGUGACCCCAGUGAAUGCAAACUGGAGGACCACAAUUAUGUGGUGUAUUCCUCCAUCUGCUCUUUCUUCAUCCCCUGCCCCAUCAUGGUCCUGCUCUACUUUGGGGUUUUCCGUGGGUUGCAACGCUGGGAGGAGGCUCGUAAGGCCAAACUGCGCAGCAGCAUCGAGGCCUGCAGAAAGCUGCAGCACGCCACUGUUGCCACCGCCCUUCCCCCUCUGACGGGCACCAUCCCUGGGCCUCUGCCUAUGCCUCUACCCAGGAUCAUCGAGAGAGACUUGGCUCAGUCUCGGCUGGAUGAUACGGAUGACUACAUCCAGCAGGAGAUUCCUUAUCCUCGGCAGUACAGAGAGAACUCAGUGCCCACAGUGACAUUCAGCCAGCAGCAGGAGAUGAAGAAGAGGGCCAAGAUCACCAGCAGGGAGAGGAAGGCUAUGAAGGUGCUGCCUGUUGUAGUAGGCUGCUUCUUGUUCUGCUGGACUCCGUUUUUUGUGGUCCACACGAUGCGUGCCAUGUGUCUGACUUGCAACAUCCCUCCUGGACUGAUGAGCACUGUCACCUGGCUGGGCUACGUCAACAGCGCUCUCAACCCCAUCAUCUACACUAUUUUCAAUGCAGAAUUCAAGAAAUUCUUCAAGAAAUGUUUCCGGAGCUGCUGCUGACACCAAGUUUCCCUCCAGAGCCUAUGAACUAAAAGGGAGGAACUUAGCAGAUCAUUGAGAUAUAUGAUCAAGAUCAUCUACCUGGCUGAUUGAAAAAAUACAGCCUACACUUUAAGAGCGUUUUAACAGGCAGUCACUGGUGAUUUCAGGGUCCAGUUUGUCAUGUGGUGAUGUGGUCGUUUGAUCCCAGACAAAAUAUUGAUGUCUUUAUGGAAAGCUGCACAAACCAGCAAAACACUGCUGGUUGAUAGACUCUACUGCCUGAAAGGAAGAUUUCAUCAUUUUCAGUGCGUCUAUAACUCUCUUGUCUUUUGAAUGAUAGUGCUGUAUAUCAACCCUGGCUGGGGUUAUAGUCUACCAAUUCCAGUGAAGGAUGUGGGGUUUACACAGGGCAUGAUAGGUGACAGGCUCAAUCCGAAAGCAAUCCAAGGAUGCAGAAAGACAGACAGGAUUCAUGACUAAAUUAGCCUUUGAUCCACACUUUUUUAUAUAACCUUAAAUGAAUUGUUUGAGGUUUUGGAAAACAUAUUAAUUUGCCUUCCUGCCAAAAGUUAUAUUACAAGAUCAAUACCACUCUCGCAUUUGUGUUAAACAUGAAGCUGGCUAGACUAGCUCUGCCAGACACACAUUAUCUGGCUGUGCAGCGUGGCUCCUUCACAGCUGCUGGAGUGUCCAUGUUUGGAGCAUCUGAUGCGUGGUUCCUAUUCCCGAUCCACUAUCUUUAAGUGGCAGGUUUAUUUUUGCCAAUGGAGCUUGCAUC